AUGUCCGAUGGCGUAGGUGAAUCUCAUCGAUUCCCACCGAUCGACGGGCUGCAUGACCGAUGUUGUAAUAUAUCAAAUGAGAGAUGCAGAAGAGCGCCGCUUGAGUUCAUAAAGUCUCCAUCCCCUCGGUCUGCGAAACCUGCAAGUGCUUUUUCUCUGAGUUGUCACUGCAUACUUCUAUUCUCGAACUUUUCAUUCGCAAAGACUUUAUACCUGAACCGCUUUAGUAUAUCAAGGACGUUCUCGAAACUCGGAUCGCCACAUCUCACCGCCCUCCCACCGCUUGUUCCCCCACUCUUCUCCGGAUUCUUGUUUUGCGUCAAACUGACAUUCAACUGCAACUCGGAUCAACUGGGCUCAACUGGGCUUAACUGGGAUCAACCGGGAUCAAACUGGGAUUGCCUGAUUCGGGCUUUAUUUCCUGCUCGUUUCUGGUCUUUCGAACUUUUCCAAGGUUCUCUUUGCGCCUUGUGCCUUGCGAUUGCCCCACGACACGUUUGUGGUAUCUACACGGCCCCCCUCGAUUGUCGACUCAUCCCGGCUUUAAAGAGGAAAUUUCCCCGGCUUAUUGGCUCGUCUCACAAUCUCCCCGGACUUCAUUCCUCCAGUCCUUAUUGUUUCAAGGAUCGUGACAUUCUCACAUCCCGACACAUCUUCCAUCCUCUUAUCCGGCGUCUCGGAUCUAACUUUUGA